AAGAGCCAAACCCCUGACGUUUCUGCGCUCAUAUGCACAUCAGGAAGUAUUUUUUCCACGUCCUACGCCCACUCUCAUUUAGUGAAUGUGACGUAAUCCGGCUGCAGGUAAGUUAAGGAGGCAGGGACGUGUCCAAACAUGGGUGGAGAAUGUGAGCAGGUAGACGCGCUGCGGAGAGUCCCUUCAUGAGAUAUAACUUCGGUCACACUGUGUACCUGCGGUAUACUUACACGGAUCUCUGCAGGGAGUUAAACUGUUCCUCUGUUGCUGUAGGAGACGAGUCUUUCCACCAUGGAAACACAAACAGAAAAACAAAGGCCUCAUAACGGCCAGUUGAUCUCUGUGCCUCACAAGGAUACAAUCCGUCUGCUGGAGGCGUACGUCCAGCGCAGCCUUAGCUUAAAUGACGGGUCACUGGGGCACAGGAGGCCCAGGAGGAAGGAAAAGUGGGUGACAAUGCCAAGGAAGCUAAGACGACACUCCAGCGACCCUUCCUCUUACCCGGUUGAUGGAUUAAAAGACGAUGAUAAAAUUGGUACAUUUUAUCCGGCUGUAACCCCCGUAGUUGAGCCUGAGAAACCUCAUGAAGAAAUAGAGAAACCCACCAAAAAGUCUAAGAAGAACAAGAAGCCAUCAUUCUGGAAAAGCGUCCUUGGUUUUUUCUCUCGUAAGAGUAGUGAGGAUAACGAUGAAGUGGACGGUCCACCAGAAAUACCCGAGGCCUCUGACAGUGUGACCCCCAGCCGGCCAACAACUCCAGUCAUUUCACAAAAAAUUAAGUCCAAGAGGAGUAAACCGAUAAAGAAAAGGUUCUCCAGAAGGCGACUGUCUUUUAAUAAAUCAAAUAAAAUUGGUCAGCUCAACUCUGCUGACAUCACUCGAGUUGAAUCACUUGUUAGCGUGGAACCAACACACCAUUACUACGAGAAGGUGUCAGAGGAACUAGAAAAAAUUAUCCACGAAGUCCAAGAAAAAGAGGAAGUUAAACCUCUCUCUGAUGAGGAAGUAAUCAACAGGAUCAUUGCUUUGACAAAAGAGGAGGGGGAUGCCAUAGAUUACAAGCUGAAAGACAAUCCCACCCUGAGCAGCUUCUUCCAGGGGAUGUCGUACUCUUCGUUCCAGAAGUUGGCUGAUGCGUAUCUGGAGACAGAGGUGUCGCCGACCCACAGUCCUCCCACCGUCCUACCCACAGCACCUGAGCUUGUUAAGUUGGCCUUCACGCUCGACUUUACAGCCAGGAUAGCCGGGCUCUCCAAACAAAAUAUAGGUCACAUCACCGGUCUGGGGAGCCGUUACCUACAGGACCGAUUCGAAUACCUACAGGCAUGUUCGGAUCAUCCAGUGUCGGACAAUGACGUCUGAGAGACAGCAGUGCACAAACAACUAUGCUGCAAGGGAAGCGUUCAACUUCUCUCAGUGCCACAGAUGUGGUGAAAGAUGAUGUUGCAAGUUUGAAUUUCCCCUUUUAAGGCCACAAUGUACACCUAAAAGACAUUUAAAGCUUGCAAGCCACGCAUAGUUUGUGGGAAUGGUCAGCUUUGUGAGAAAAAACAUGUGUACUUCUGCUGUGACAUGAUGUUUUCUGAAAAAACAGUUGGAUGGUUUUGGUAAAGAGGAAUGUGUGAUUUUCAAAUUGAAAGGAAAUUUAACUUAAAAGGGACACACUCCUAGAACAUGUAGUAAUGUCUUAGAAUCCCAAAUGGCUCAUCCUACAAUAACUCUAAAAUGUGAUGCUCUUUUUUACAAAUCCACUAUUGAGUCGUUUACUUUUUGUACAUUGAUUUGUAAUUAUGAAUUAUGUAAUAACUGUUGUAUAUAAGCUAAACACCUCUGUGCAAUAUUUGUGUAGGAUUUGAAAUUGAGCUAAGCUUUAUUUAAUAGACAACUACACUGAAAUGUGACAUUUUUACAAUGUUUGCAAUAUGAAUAUGAAUGCUGGCAUUCGUAUUACCUAUUCAAAUUAAAAACAUAUUUAAUUAAUUCAA